AUGGGGCACCGCAGGCUCCGUGCUAUUGCUGCGGCUACAGAGGCGGAGCACUUGCAGAAAGCGUCCGAGGACAACCUCGGCUCAGGCGAGAAACGGGUAAACAACGGCGUGGGAGAAAAGGGGACGGGUAUGGUUCCUCCUCCACGUGGUAGUGGUUGUAUGUGGGGGGGCGGCGUUGAAGGGGGGGCUGAGGGGGAAGAGACCACUCCUAUUGGUGGUUGUGGCGAGGUUGGGGAGGAUGUGGAGAGGAAGAAGUCAUGGGGUAUGCACGGUGUUAUAGGCGAUGCUGAGGACGGCGAGUUAGGGACUUCCGAGGGCCUUGGUGACAACGGCAUGGCCGAUGAUGGUGCGGGUGAUGAGGAGAGGGAGGUGGAAGACAAUGAAGGGUCGGAGGAGGGUGGCGAUGAAAAAGAGGAGUCCGAGAAUCAGUCGGAGGAGGACGGUGACAACUCUGAAGAGGAGAUGUACGCUCCCACGGAUGAGGAGCGUGCUCGAAUGCGAACAGAAAGACCGGACUUGAAGCGCCGGUGCCGCAAGUGCAGCAAGUGGAUCAGCUUUGCGGGUGGCACGAACUCAACUGGAGAGGGGCACAUGAUCUCCAAGCACAAGGCACAUUGGGACAUAUGGGAUCGGAAGUGGAAGGCGGGGGAAAUUGGGCCGAAUGACUAUUUUCCUGAGGGGGGAUAUGGGACAGGUGAAGUACCGGACGGGAGGAACCCUUGGAUAGGCUCGUUGACGUGGCCCGCGCCGCCUCCCACCCAUGGUGCCGCGUUAGGCCAGCAGCCGAUGACAGCGUACUUUGGGGAGCGCUUCGACAAGAAUGCCCUGCAGCAAGCGCUGAUUGAGUUCGUGGUCGGGACGGACCAGCCCUUCAGUGUCGUCGAGCAUCCCACGGUGCGUCAAUGUCAUUGCAUUGAACUCUACCUGCCUGCCAAUGCUAAUGCCACCUUACAUUAUCAACACACCUAUCAAGGGUUUUUUACCUUCCCACACCACAUGCAGUUUCUGCAACUCAUGGUGACGGCCAACCCCCAGUGUGGCGAGGAGCGUGUCAUCCUGACACGCGCCACGCUCGCUCGCCAGCUCAUGCGCCUGGCUAAGUUGGCUCAGGAGAGGCUGAAGGCCGAGCUUCAUGCUGAGGGUGUUGGAACAGUAGCGAUGACACAUGACAUUUGGACCGGGGCGGACCACAGGGCUUACAUGGCGGUCACGGGUCACUGCCUGACAGCUGACUUCGAGCUCAGACAGGUUACCCUAGACUUCAGGGUGCUGCCGGCCGAGCACACGGCGGAAAAGAUAGUGGAGGUGUUGGAGGAUGUGGUGCGCGAUUGGGAACUGGAGGGGCGCACCAUCGCGGUGACUACGGACAAUGCAUCGUCCAAUGUCGCCGCGAUGGAGUACUUGUGCCGUGGAGGAGCUGGAGAUCGGCAGCCUCGCAUGUUCUCCUCGGGGUUGCACGUUCGGUGCCUCGCUCACAUCUGCAACCUAGCUGUUCAACUAGCGUUGAAGAAAGUGACCAGGAUCGCAAAGCCGUUGGCACUCCUCAGGGAAUUGGCGAGCUUCAUUGGCUAUUCGCCAAAGCGGACAGGAGCAUUCGAGGGCAUCCAGAGGGAGGAGAACCAGCGAGAGCUGACCCGGGCGCUCCUGAGGCUGCGUAUGGAUAGCGAGAAUCGUUGGGGUUCGACGUACCUGAUGAUCGAGCACGCCAUUCGCCUCCGGCAUGCCAUCGAAACGUUUGUGCAGCGUGCACCUCAUUGCAACGCUAAGGACGCUGCACGCCUACAGGGAUUGCAGAUCAUGGAGCUCGCCAACUUCCUGCAACCCUUUCACGCUGUCACUCUUGCUGCUGAGGGAUCCACCUACCCCACCAUCAACAGGGUGGUCCCACAGUUUAACGAGCUCCUGGACGAGCUCGAGAGGAUGAGGGAUAGCACGACCAAUCCACCCUCCCAGGUCGUGCUGGGAUGCAUUGAGGCCGCCCUGGGGAAGUUGGCAGACUACUAG